ACGGACCAAUACAGUAUAGUAGCCUACAUACAGUAUUUGUAUUUAUGGUUCUGAAUAAAGUAUCCAAGAGCGCCUUCGCGUGGUUGAUUACACACGUCGCAGUGGCCUGAAAAGCAACACUGGAGUGUGAUGCUGUCAGCCUCUAUUACGAUCUCAGAGCCGAGGAUCCACACGGGGAAAGUGAACUGCGUGUCCGGACCAGAGACUGAACCAACCGAACAGGCCUCUGUCAUCUUUCUCAUUCCGUCCAAGCCCCUGUCGAAGUCCGACGCACGGUAGGUUACCGUGCUUUUUUACCGUUCUAAUCAUCAUGCGUUUUGCCGCGCCCUGAAUAGCGGUCCAUCUCUCCCAUAAUGGGAUACGCGUUGCGAUUUAGGUAGCAUAAUAUAGCGUGGAUGCAUAAUAGGCCUCUAUAUUUUCGAUAACGUUUAGGAGCCAUACAUUCAUAUGUGUUUUUAGUGGUUUGUGGUAGCCCAAGCUUUUACAGCAUCAUUUCAGAUUAGUCUGGUCGUGUCAUAUGUUGUUUUAUAGCCAACAGCACCAUCAUUCACAACAUGAACCAGUUCAUAUUCAUAUUGGACUAAAUAUAAAUACACAGGCCUGGUUUAUUUGGUUCGUUCUGUUACAGGCAAUCUAUUAAACCAACUAUUUUAUUAGGCCUAAUACCAAUGAAUCUAGUUUGUUUUGGGAGUUUGAUGUUAUCCCUCUUUGUUGUUUACAAUUGGAAAUUGAUGAAACAAUAAUAAACCGGGGAUAAUACUACACGAUGGCAGCAUUGAACAGUCCAGGGGUUCUUUAGAAAAUGCAUUGUCACUGUUCUCUUAACUCAAUUAAACAAAUAGGUUGUUGAUUUUAGCUUACUUUACAGAGAAAGAGCGGAAGCUGCAAGACUGAAGUUCAAGCUUUUAAUGACUAUCCCAAGAUCCAAAAGCUUUUAACAACACUCACAACAAUUAGUAUUUAUCCUCAUGUUUUGUAGGUUACUCUGGUCCUGCACAUAAAAUGACCCUCCUCUUUGAAGCUCCUUGAUUGGCUCCUCCUGACAGAAAAUGAUGUAAUCUGUGAUGUCUAUGUCAGAAUGUGGGAAUCUCUGAACUCUGGUCCUUGUUGUUUUUAGGUGUUCACUUUGAGCUCUGCUGAGGGUAGCUGACAGUAUUAGACAGACAAACAGGCAGACUGUCCUCUAGCUGCCACCAUGGGCUACCUAGCCACCGCUGCCACCCUGCUCUCCUUACUGCUACUGGGAGCUGUGACGGCCAGACUGGACACUAAGAACACCAAGACAGGUAAGGGACCAGGGACACGAUGCUGCUGGCUGAUGGCCCUGAGCAACAUAUUUGACAUUUUAGUCAUUUAGCAGAUGCUCUUAUCCAGAGCGACUUACAGGAGCAAUUGCAGUAGGAUUAAGUGCCUUGCUCUAAGGCACAUCAACAGUUACUGGCCCAACGCACUUAACCGUUAGGGUUCCUGCCGCCCCCAACAAAAGGGCACAGAGGGACUUUCCUUGGAUGGUAAUUUUCCCUGGAUGGCCAAUCCACCCAGUAAUGAUAAUGGAUUAUUUAGAUGGCUCACUGGGUCUCAAAGCACAACAUUGAAAGGAGGAACUCACAUCCAGUAGACAGGACACUAGGACAGGGAAGGGGCCUGUUUAUCCACUAGACAGGACACCAGGACAGGGAAGGCCUGUUUAUCCACUACACAGGACACCAAGACAGGGAAGGGCCUGUUUAUCCACUAGACAGGACACCAAGACAGGGAAGGGCCUGUUUAUCCACUAGACACAGACACCAAGACAGGGAAGGAGCCUGUUUAUCCACUAGACACGACACCAAGAUAGGGAAAGGGCCUGUUUAUCUACUAGACAGGACACCAAUACAAGGAAGGGGCCUGUUUAUCCACUAGACAGGACACCAAGACAGGGAAGGGGCCUGUUUAUCCACUAGACAGGACACCAGCAGGGAAGGGCCUGUUUAUCCACUAGACAGGACACCAAGACAGGGAAGGGCUGUUUAUCCACUAGACAGGACACCAAGACAGGGAAGGGGCCUGUUUAUCCACUAGACAGGACACCAAGACAGGGAAGGCCUGUUUAUCCACUAGACAGGACACCCAGGACAGGGAGGGGUGUUUAUCCAUAGAACAGACACCAGACAGGGAAGGGGCCUGUUUAUCCACUAGACAGGACACCAAGACAGGGAAGGGGCCGGUUUAUCCACUAGACAGGACACCAGGACAGGGAGGGGGCCUGUUUAUCCAGUAGACAGGACACCAGACAGGAAUGGCCUUUUCAUCACUAGACUGGACACAAGGGCAGGAGGGCCAGUUUAUCCAUGACAGGACCGGACAGCCUGUUUAUCCCUAGACAGACACCAGGACAGGAGGGACCCUGUUUAUCCACUAGACGGGACACCAGGGUCGGGAAGGCCUGUUUAUUCAUAGACGGAACAUGGCAGUAUCAUAGGCCAGCAUUACUAGAAACAAAGAAUGUUACUAUUGUACCAUCUUAAUCGAGACCCCUUUUUGGGAGGGGGGAUCCAACUGGUUUAGGCCGAAGUUAAUGAGUAACAAAGAAUGUUACUAUUGUACCCUACUACAUAGAUUUGACAGAUUUAGGCUGAUAAUCUGUAACUAACUAUUUUCAAAUGUGUGACCUAACUAUUUAAGUGGAAUCAGGUUAUAUGAAAAAGACACUAUCCACUGAGAUAAAAAAUUGUUAUUUUUGUGAAUGAGUGUCAAAAUUAAGUACAAUGACUAAAUAGCUUCAACAUUGCAAGUGUAUCCUAUUGCUCCAAAUUCUAUCUCAGGGCUCCAUCUCUCCUUCCUUUACUUCUACCCCACACAGUGUUCCUGGACCAAGGGCCCCCCCACAGGAAGGCCAGUGAGGUGAUCACCCUGUCCCGCCAGAAGAGGGCCAACGUGGGCAACGAGGAGAGCCUGCUCCCUGCCAACCUGGAGAGGGAGUGUCUGGAGGAGGUCUGCAACUACGAGGAGGCCAGGGAGAUCUUCCAGGACUCCUACCGCACGGUGGGCCAAUGCUCCCUUAUUCCACUGAGCAUACUUCUCUCCUCACACCUCCCUCUAUUAGACUCCCUUCUUUCCUUACCUCCUUAAUCUCAUCCUUCCUUUUCUCACCUCAGACAUCCUCUUUAACAACCUCCAAACCUUCCUCCUUUCCUUGCCUCUCCACUCCUCUCCUCUUGUUAUCUGUCUUCUUGCUUCUGAUGAUUCUGUAGACAUUUUGAAUCAAACUGACAGUGGACUUUGUUUUGAUCUUUCAGGAUAUCUUCUGGUCAGUCUACAUAGGUAAGUGUAAUGACUUUGCCUGACGUUCUCCUGGAACAUAUCAGAGUACUUAUUCUUUUGGGUUAACACUCAAUUCAAAUCCAUGUGAUUUGGUGUCACAGUUAAAAUAGCUUCACCCAAUAAUGUGCGUCUUGUAUUAGUGAAUGUACCAUUUGACUGGCUGUGUUGUUAACUCUGUGUGUGUACAGAUGGGGACCAGUGUGCAGAGAAGCCGUGUAAGAAUGGAGCCAUGUGCUCAGACAGUGUGGGGGGAUACGACUGUGUCUGCAAGUCAGGCUUCUUUGGAGUCCACUGCGAGACAGGUGAGAGACAUGAAGGACCCAGUUGGUGGGGAACUCAUGUUGUAAAAAAUUUUUAUUUUUAUUUUUUAUUAAAGUUUCAAAAUAACAAAUUCAACAAAUCCGAAAUGAUUUGAAAUCUGUCUAUGUGUCCACUACCUGUGCUGUCAAAAUAUGAAAUAUACCUUGUCGUAAUCCUCUCAUCUCUCCCUCUUCCCCCUCUCUCUCCCCUUUCUCCCCUCUCCCCCUUCCUCUCUCUCCCCCUCCUCUCUCUGUGUGUGAUUGUAGAUCAGACAGUAUGUAUGUUGGAUAAGACCAAGGGAUGCAGUCAGUUCUGUAAGCCAGGAUACCAGUCCUAUGAGUGUUCCUGUGCCCGUGGCUGGAAACUAGAGGAGAAGGAGAGGGUGAAGUGUAUUCCUGCAGGUCAGUGACCAUAUACCUGCUUCAAUACUAUUAUGCUAUACUAUACUAUGCUAUCCUAUCAAAUCAAAUUUUAUUGGUCACAUACACAUAUUUUGCAGAUGUUAUUGCGGGUGUAGUGAAAUGCUUGUGUUCCUAGCUCCAACAGUGCAGUAGUAUCUAACAAUUCACAACAAUACACAAAUCUAAGGGUAAAAUAAUGGAAUUAAGAAAUAUAUAAAUAUUAGGACGAGCAAUGUCGGAGUGGCAUUGAUUAAAAUACAGUAUAUACAUAUGAAAUUAGUAAAACAGUAUGUAAACAUUAUUAAAGUGACUAGUGUUCCAUUAUUGAAGUGACCUAAGGUGCAGGGUUGAGUAACCGGGUGGUAGCCGGCUAGUGAUGGCUAUUUAACAGUCUGAUGGCCUUGAGAUAGAAGCUGUUUUUCAGUCUCUCUGUCCUAGCUUUGAUGCACCUGUACUGACCUCGCCUUCUGGAUGAUAGCGGGGUGAACAGGCCGUGGCUCGGGUGGUUGAUUUCCUUGAUUAUCUUUUUGGCCUUCCUGUGACAUCGGGUGCUGUAGGUGUCCUGGAGGGCAGGCAGUGUGCCCUCAGUGAUGCGUUGGGCAGACCGCACCACCCUCUGGAGAGCUCUGCGGUUGCGGGCGGUGCAGUUGCCGUACCAGGCGGUGAUUCAGCCCGACAGGAUGCUCUCAAUUGUGCAUCUGUAAAAGGUUUGUGAGGGUCUUAGCCUCCUGAGGUUUGAAGAGGCACGGUUGCGCCUUCUUCACCACACUGUUUGUGUGGGUGGGACCAUUUCAGAUUGUCAGUGAUGUGUACGCCGAAGAACUUUAAGCUUUUCAUCUUCUCCACUGCGACCCUUCAAUGUGGAUGGGGGCGUGCUCCCUCUGCUGUCUCCAGAAGUCCACGAUCAACUCCGUCGUUUUGUUGUCGUUGAGGGAGAGGUUAUUUUCCUGGCACCACUCCGCCAGGGCCCUCACCUCCUCCCUGUAGGCUGUCCUCGUCAUUGUUGGUAAUCAGGCCUACUACUGUUGUGUUGUCUGCAAACUUGAUGAUUGAGUUGGAGGCGUGAGUGGCCACGCAGUCAUGGCUGAACAGGGAGUACAGGAGGGGGCUGAGCAUGCACCCUUGUGGGCCCCUGUGUUGAGGAUCAGCGUAGUGGAGGUGUUGUUUCCUACCUUCACCACCUGGGGGCGGCCCGUCAGGAAGUCCAGGACCCAGUUGCACAGGGCGGGGUUCAGACCCAGGGCCCUGAGCUUAAUGAUGAGCUUGGAGGGUACUAUGGUGUUGAAGGCUGAGCUAUAGUCAAUGAACAGCAUUCUUACAUAGGUAUUCCUCUUGUCCAGAUAGGAUAGGGCAUUGUGCAGUGCAAUGGCGAUUGCAUCAUCUGUGAAUCAAUUGGGCGGUAUGCAAAUUGAAGUGGGUCUAUGGUGUCAGGUAAGGUGGAGGUGAUAUGAUCCUUAACUAUCCUCUCAAAGCACUUCAUGAUCACAGAAGUGAGUGCUACGGGGCGGUAGUCAUUUAGUUCAGUUACCUUUGCUUUCUUGGGUACAGGAACAAUGGUGGACAUCUUGAAGCAAGUGGGGACAGCAGACUUAGAUAGGGAGAGAUUGAAUAUGUCCAUAAACAUUCCAGCCAGCUGGUCUGCGCAUGCUCUGAGGACGCGGCUAGGGAUGCCGUCUGGUCCGGCAGCCUUGCGAGGGUUAACACGCUUAAAUGUCUUACUCAUGUCGGCCACGGAGAACGAGAGGCCCACAGUACUUGGCAGCGGGCCGUGUCGGUGGCACUGUGUUAUCCUCAAAGCGGGCGAAAAAGGUGUUUAGCUUGUCCAGGAGCAAGACGUCGGUGUCCGCGACGUGGCUGGUUGUCCCUUUGUGAUCCGGGAUUGUCUGUAGACCCUGCCACAUACGUCUCGUGUCUGAGCUGUUGAAUUGCGACUCCACUUUGUCUCUGUACUGACAAUUUGCCUGUUUGAUUGCGUUACGGAGGGAAUAACUACACAGUUUGUAUUCAACUAUAUUCCCAGUCAUCUUGCCGUGGUUAAAUGCAGUGGUUCGCGCUUUCAGUUUUGCUCGAAUGCUGCCAUCUAUCCACGGUUUUUGGUUUGGGUAGGUUUUAAUAGUCACAGUAGGAACAACAUCCCCUACACACUUCCUGAUGAACUCAGUCACCGUGUCCGAGUAUACGUCAAUGUAAUUCUAAGAGGCAACCCGGAACAUAUCCCAGUCCGCGUGAUCAAAACAAUCUUGAAGCAUGGAUUCCGAUUGGUCAGACUAGCGUUGAAUAGACCUUAGCACGGGUACUUCCUGUUUGAGUUUCUGCCUACUGGAAGUGAGGAGCUAUUCUGUACUGUAUUAUGCUAUGCUAGUUCUAGCCUCAUACAAACCAUCCUGAUCUCGUUAGCUUACAUUCUGUUUUGCUACACGGAUAGUGAAACAGAAUGUAAGCUUGCGAGAUGAGGAUGCUUCGUACGAGGCUAAUGCUAUCCUAUACUAGAUACUAAACUGUACUAUACAGUACUGUACUAAACUAUACUCUGUAAUUCUCUCCAUCCCUCUCUCAGUGACAUUCCCCUGUGGGAAGGUGAACAGCCUAAGCCAGUGGACAAAGAGACAGUCAGCCAACAUCGCCAGCAACUUUGAGGGACUCGCCUGCAACUCUGGAGAGUGUCCCUGGCAGGUAGGAAAACACACACCACUAUGAGGUACACACACACACAAAGCUAGCACUGUCAACUGGCAGGCAGUAUUCCGCUCUCAAAUUCAUUUUUCUCAGAAGGUCAACCCCUCACUACCAAAGCUACAGCACAUUAACCCAAUAUUCCCAUAGGUGUGAUAAUGUAUUUUGCUGUGUCAUCUCGGCUGUAUGCUGUAACUGUGGCAUUGUGUUGUCAUUAUGCAGGCCAUUCUGAAGAGUGCAGAGUCUGUAGGGUUCUGUAGUGGUGUCAUUCUGAAGGAGAACCUGGUUCUAACUACAGCCCAGUGUGCCCAGAAAUACAUCAACUUCCAGGUGGCUGUCGGUGAGUGAUCAUCAUGGGGCAUCAUGUCCAGUCUAUGGGCUCAGGCUCCACUGGUGGUGGAAGUGGUGUGUGUGUGUGUGAGAGAGUAUGUUUUUGAUUUGCUUUAUAGUAUGUGUUCCUUCAUUGAUUUGGAGUACUUCCUCCCUACCCUCCCAGGCAAGCGCCAAACCGCAUCUGAAGACGGCGAACAGACGAUGUAUGUCAAAGUCGUCCACGUCCACCCCCGUUAUGUACCCGGUCACCCUGACAACGACCUGGCCGUCCUCGAGCUCCGUGAGCGCAUCGUCUAUAAGAAACACGUGGUCGCUGCCUGCCUGCCUGAACGCGACUUCUCAGAGGUCGUUCUGAUGACCGGCGAGUACCCGGCAGUGGUCACUGGCUGGAAGGACCCUGUGGACGCCACGGAGGUCCAGGGCCCGCUCACUCUCAACCACCUGGCAUACGAGCGUCUGCCCCAGUGUGUGGAGAGGCACCCAGGGUUGGUCACCAACAAGAUGGGUUGUACGACAGUAAGACCCAAUGGUGACUGCAUCUUGGGGCCGGGGAGUCCCAUCCUAUCUCUCCACAGGGAGGUGUUCUAUCUGACCGGGGUGGUCUCCAGACCAACAGGGGCAGACUGUCGUCAGGGUUACAUCUACCAGAAGGUGUCCCGCUUCCUGCUUUGGCUGCAGCCCCUCAUGGACUCACGCUAAGGGGGCUCUGAAUCCCAACUCAACCCCUAGCCCCCACCCCCUAUGCAUUAGGGUAGAUCUGAGAGGAUUGGAAAGAUGUCCUUUAAGCUAUAUGGCGGCAAUUCCCGUCUGGCCUAUCAGAAGGCCAGAUGGAGCUACCAUCAUAUUGCUUAUACCAGUCCAAUCCUUUCAGAUCUAUGUAAGUGCUUUGUGGGUAGAGACUAUGAGUUGAUUUGGGAUUUAGGGGUGGUGAUCAGGGGGAUGGAGGGUACAGGGAAGAGAGGGAGAGGUUGAGGGGGUUAGGAGAAUACGUGUGAGAAUUGAUGGUAUUGGACAAAGGCGUAAAUGGAUAGGGAAGAGAAGACAGGGAGAAGGGAGGUGAGGAUAUUGUAAUACUGGAUAGAGGUGGAAAGGGAUAGGGGUUGUGGGAGGAGAAGAGGAGGGAGGGAAGAGAGCUGAACAGGAGCAUGAUGAAGGACUGAAAACACAAGGUAAACGGAGGGCCAGAGAAAAAGGGGGAAAUUGAGAUGUAUUCCUUUUGUGUAACAUACAUAACUCUUAUCUUAGGUCUUUUUUCAUGGGAAUGGUCUGGUUUUCCAUAUGGCUGAUGUCCUUUCCUUAAAUUAUUCCUUGUCAUUUAGGCCUAUAAGUUGAAUUCCAUAUAGAAUAUGAGUUCUAUAAAAAAAAAAAAGUGGUAUUGUUGUCACCAGGGUUGUGUUCAUUAGUCACCAAAUGGAAGAAAAUUGACUAAAACAGAGAGGGUUUACCUGGAUCUGUCCUUUAUGAACUGCCAUUUUCAAAAACGUUUGCACGUUGUGUGCCCUUAUGCAGUGGUUCCCAACCAGGGGUACUAGGACCCCUGGGGGUACUUAGCCUAUCCACAGGGGGUACUUGAGAAGACUCAUGAGACCAUAGGCUUACUGGUCAAAUGCACUUGCAGGGGUAAUUCAGGGGUACUCUAGGCAGAGCAAAAUUCUGUUGAUGGCACAGUAAGUGAAAAAGGUUGGGAACCACUGCCCUAAUGAACAUAACCCAUAUCUGUGUAGUUCUCUGUUUAUCCCGCAAGGUGGCGGUCUUUCAUUAAAAUACCAUUGUCUCAUGUCCUACCAAAUAUAGUACCUGGCUGACUGCAGCUAGACUAGGGGAACGUUAAAUAAUGCAGCAUGUUGUGUUGCUCUCGUCUUACUCUUAACUGAUGUUAUUUUUUUUGGGGAGAGAAGGGUUGGUAAUUGCACUGUAUACCUUUUAAUGUUAGUCACUUUACUAAGAAUGUAUUAAUAAAAGUUAACCUCUGA